AUCACACCUCUCAAACAAGUUUGUCCAGACGCCUCAGAGAUCCUCUCCCAUAGCUUCGUGUACGCAUCAAUCCAUGGAGUUGCCGAGGCGCAUGACGUUGUUUCCUCCACGCACUCGGAGGAAGAACAAGCACCUUUACAUUAAAUCUGGAAGGAGCCAUGACAUACAAAGAGAGGUGGACGCAAUAUUCUUUGUCCGACGCCAUACAGCCAUUCCAGUGCCUACAGUCGUCGAAAGCCACAUCCAAGGAUCUCGCGGUUGGUUUACUAUGCAUGCCAUCGAAGGGGAACCUUUAUCUACGGCAUGGGACAGCAUGGGCGAAGAUGCAAAGACAACGGCUCAAAACGAGAUUCGCGAUUACAUUCGACAACUACGUGCACUUCAAGCACCAAACCCUGGUUAUAUCGGAUCUUGUAUGGGUGGGGAAGUACUUGAUCAUCGCCUGAACAAUGGUAUGCCAUGCGGUCCUUUCGGCUCAGUAUCGGAGUUCAAUGACUUUCUCGUGGCUCCAAUCCUAAGAUGCCCUAAGCCUGAACUAGCGACGUUAUAUCGACAAAAACUCUCGAACGAUUACAAAAUCACCUUCUCUCAUGCGGAUCUAAGCGACGAAAACAUACUUGUUGAACCGGCGUCAGGGCAUGUCACUGGAAUUAUCGAUUGGGAGAUGGCUGGCUGGCGGCCUGCAUUCUGGGAGUACACUAAAUCGUUAUUCGGAGACAGACUCAGCCUUCGUUGGAAAUGUGUGAUGGACCAUGUCCUAGAACCUUAUCCAACCGAAUUACAGGUCGAAGAUAUCCUUCAACAAUUCUAGCUUAAUGGAAAUGCAACUACACGCCUAAACGUCCUCUUCCCGAAGCCAAUACCUUAGUGCAGCAUCACUAUAUGUGUCGUCCACAAAUCCUUCUUCCCGAAGCGAUGCUAAAGCUUGCAGACUCCAGUCUUGGCAAUUCCACCCCGAUGAUUCAUCCUUCGAGAUAGGAACAGCCUUUAAGAGUUCCUUGAAACGCUCAUAGCGCGCUACAGGAACAGCACCAAUCUCGACCUCGGCCUUGAUACUUCCGGGUGCGUGAGGGACAACUUUCUCCUCUCCCUCAUAGUAGAAUGCCCCUGGCAUUCCAUGAAGCUGUAAAACAGAACCAUCACCACGCUCAGUCCCCGUUUGGAGGAAGAAAGCCCAAUGGUAUGGUCUGUCUUUCUUUUGGUCGUCGAAAAUUUGGGGUCGUCUAGAGGUAACGAUGUGAAGUGAAUAGCUCAUGAUUUUAUCUUUUGGUAUAACUGCCGGAUC